AACCUGUUUGUCCAGUCAGUCAUGCCGCAGCACCUGUGGGAGGGACAGAUCUGUCCGGACACCCGCUCUAGGGACUGUCGCAGACUAUCGUUCGCUGACUUUGGGAGAGACGGAGACAAAUUCACCAAACAGCCUCUCUUCAACACAUAUUGUAAUCUGGAGAUCCUAAAGAUAACAGAUGAUGUCAAUCAAAGAGGCACUGAGUUUGAAGGUAGGCCUUGAAAUACAUCCACAGGAACGAAGUGAGGGCAUGGCAGCUCGUGUGGACGUGUCCUCUGGUGAGGUGGGCCAAGCAGGAGAUGCAGGUAUCAAGCCUGAGCUUGGCCCCAAACCCUGCCUGAUUCCCAAACCCUUUUCACUGCAGAGAAACACCACAUUCCGCUCCAUCCUAGCCCCAAAGACACCAGAGCAUAGCAAACCAGAGCCUUGUCAGCCUAUUAGUGCCCCUGUGUCUGACUCAAGCAGCGUUGUGAAACUCGAUGCAGAGAGCACCACGAUACCUGAACUGACCAAUGCUCUCGAAGUUCCUUCAGCCAUAACACCCCAAACUGAAUCGACCCACACUACUGAACAAAACCAAAUUGCUCUUUCUACAUCCCUUACUACCCCAAAAUCUGAGCCACCAGCUAGUACCACAUCUGACCCAACUGGAACCUCAGAGGCAAAUCAAGUCAGUCUUUCUGAACUGGACGAACAUGGCCCCUCUGAUACAGGCCACUCCGCCACUGGAACUGAGCCUGUACCAUCACCAUCAGUCACCUCAACUCCUCUUCAACCGCAGUCUGAAAACACUGUGAGUGAGCCCACCCCUGCGGUCGUCAGGCGCCACGCUGGGAAGGAUCAGGCAGCCCACUUGGGAGGAGGCAGGAAGCGGCUGUCCAUGGAGCUCACCUCCAGGUUUGAGUCGGCCGGCCUCUCACUCCCCUCACACCCACCAGCUAACCAGGAACGGGAACAGGUGACCAUGAGAGAGACUGCAGUCUCCAAAGUGUCAGUCCUCAGGGCGAAAGAGGAAGAGAAAGUCACUGAUUCACCAGGGUCGCCGUCUGAACCAGAGUGCAGACUCAAGCACUCAACACCACUGAAUGAAGAGAGGGAUGGAGAAGGGGUAAAGGAGGAAGGAGAAAAGAAAGGGAGCAGCAUACAACGGAGGAUCAGUCUGCUGCUGGACUCCUCCUCGAGGCCAGAGGCUCUGACCAAUAGGGAGGAAGUACCUCGUCCAAUGAAACAAGCAGUCAGUUCUGGUGGUGUGAAACAGCGGAUCAAAGACUGGGCAGCAGACACACCGCCUGUUCGGGCAUCCAAUCAGAGGGUGGAUGUUGCCCCUCAACCAUUCCCUGUCAGAGUACACCCUGUGUUGAGUGUCACUGGGGGGUCGUUGGCGACGAGCAAAAGCGUUCAGCUAGCUCCUCGAGAGGACAAGGCUUCCACCCUACUUCACACUGGACAUUCUGGGAUAGAAGAUGAGGAGGAGGAUGAUGAAGACGAGGAUGAGGAAGAGGAGGAGGGAGAGAAGGAGGAGAACAUGGUACCACUCUACAAAACAGUAGGGAUACGUCUUGGACAGGAAGAUGAAGGGGAAAAACAGGAGCUAGUGGUUGAUCAAAUAGGGAAAGAGAUGGAGGCUAAGGUAAAAGAGGAGGAAAAACUUGCAGAAGUGGAUAAAUUAAAACAGCUGGAACUAGAAGAGAGACAGGCAGAAGAUGAGAAGGAGAGAGAAAGACAAAAAGUAGUGGAGAGGGAAAGGGAGGGACAGAGAGAGGAGGAGAGGGAAAGGGAGAGACAGAGACAGGAGGAAGAGAGAAAGAGGGAAGAAGAGGAGGAGAGAAAAAGACAAAGAGAAAUGGAGAGGGAAAUGAAGAGACAGAGACAGAGAGAGGAUGAAAGGGAUAGGGAGAGACAGAGAGAUAAAGAAGAGAGAGAGAGAAAGAGGAAAGAAGAGAAGGAGAGAGAAAGACAGAUUGAACUUGAGAGGGAAAGGGAGCGACAGAGAGAGGAAGAAGAGAGAAAGAGGGAAGAAGAGGAGGAGAGAGAAAGACAGAUUGAACUUGAGAGGGAAAGGGAGCGACAGAGAGAGGAAGAAAAGCGAAAGAGGAAAGAAGAGGAGGAGAAAGAAAGACAGAUUGAACUUGAGAGGGAAAGGGAGCGACAGAGAGAGGAAGAAGAGCGAAAGAGGGAAGAAGAGGCGGAGAGAAAAAGACAGAUUGAACUUGAGAGGGAAAGGGAGAGACAGAGAGAAGAAGAAGAGAGAAAGAGGGAAGAAGAGGGGGAGAGAAAAAGACAAAGAGAAAUGGAGAGGGAAAUGAAGAGACAGAGAGAGGAGGAGAGGGAAAGGGAGAGACAGAGAGAGGAGGAAGAGAGAAAGAGGGAAGAAGAGGAGAGAGAAAGACAGAUUGAACUUGAGAGGGAAAGGGAGAGACAGAGAGAGGAAGAAGAGAGAAAGAGGGAGGAAGAGGAGGAGAGAAAAAGACAAAGAGAAAUGGAGAGGGAAAUGAAGAGACAGAGACAGAGAGAGGAGGAAAGGGAUAGGGAGAGACAGAGAGAUGAAGCAGAGAGAGAGAGAAAUAGGAAAGAAGAGAAGGAGAGAGAAAGACAGAUUGAACUUGAGAAGGAAAGGGAGCAACAGAGAGAGGAGGAAGGGAGAGAGAGAAAGAGGAAAGAAGAGAAGGAGAGAGAAAGACAGAUAGAACUUGAGAAGAAAAGGGAGAGACAGCGAGAGGAGGAAGAGAGAAAGAUAAAGAGGAAAGAAGAGGAGAGAGAAAGACUGAUAGAAUUUGAGAAGGAAAGGGAGAGACAGAGAGAGGAGGACGAGAGAGAGAGAAAGAGGAAAGAAGAGAAGGACAGAGAAAGACAGAUAGAACUUGAGAAGGAAAGGGAGAGACAGAGAGAAGAGGAAGAGAGAAAGAGGAAAGAAGAGAAGGGAGAAAGACAGAGAGAAGUGGAAGGGGAAAAGGAGAGACAGGUAGAGGAAGGAGAGAGGGGGAAGCUUAGGAUGAAAGAGGAGAGAUUGAGAGAGAAGGAAAGGGAGAAACUCAAAGAAAAAGAGCGAGAAAUGGAAAUACAGAGAGAGGAGGAAAGGAUGCAGGAAGAUGAGAUAAAGAGAGAAGAAGAUCGGGAGAAAGAAGAAGCAGAGUCCCCAAUCCAAUUCAUCACUCUUAAACCUGACCAACCUCCAAAGCCAGAGCCUCCUUCUCCCUCAACUACCGUCCCCAUCAUAGAACCCAUACCAAAGGAAGAGAAGCAGCCUCACAUCGAGGUGGUCUACGACGACUUCUCUGUCAAAGAGGAGAAGCCUCUUAUCAAGAUGGUCUAUGAUGAUUUCUCCGUCAAGCCCCGGCGGUGGGGGUCUCAGGCCAGGUUCCUUGCUGACCGUGCCCAGGUCGAGUCACCCUGCCCUGGAACAGAGGAGCCUGAGUCACUGGGCUCCUCGGAAUCCGACCCCCAGAGAACCGUUGUUGACACCCAGGAGCCAGCCCAAGAGAGUCCAGUCAGCGUCGAACCUCACCCAGCCGAGAGGGAUCUAGAGGGGGGAGUCCUCACCCCAAAGGACGGGACAGAGAAUAAGGAGGAGGGCACCAGCAUGGACACGGAGGAGGUUCAGUUGACGUGUUAUGUGGGGGCAGAAGAGGGGCGUGACACAGAGGCUCUGAUUGGUGGAGAGCCAGACAAGCAGUACGGGGGCUGUGACACGAGACUGUCUGAGGAUGACUGUCGGCAGAAAACAGAGGACCAGAUCUCGCCUGUCAUCACACCAGAUGAGCCUAAAAGUACUUCUCCACUAGAAGAAACAGAGGACCAGAUCUCGCCUGUCAUCACACCAGAUGAGCCUGACAGUACGUCUCCACUAGAAGAAACAGAGGACCAGAUCUCGCCUGGCAUCACACCAGAUGAGCCUGACAGUACGUCUCCACUAGAAGAAACAGAGGACCAGAUCUCGCCUGUCAUCACACCAGAUGAGCCUGACAGUACUUCUCCACUAGAAGAAACAGAGGACCCAUUACCCUUUCCUGAAAUCUCCGCCCCUCUAUUGGACACAAGUCUUCUGCGUGCGAGGGCAGAGCUGAGAAAGAGUCGACGAACCCGCCCCACUCGAGCUUUCCGUCAGAGCUCUACCACAAUAAUGCUUGAGGAAGACCCAGUCCACGACUGGAGGUUCUAUGACUCCUCAGAUACACACAAGUGGCUAGAAGAUAAGCUAGACUCUCUGAUACGGGGGGAUUGUGAGUCUGAUGAGGAGCAGCCCAGAGGGAGGGAGGUUUGUUCACAACAUUCCCAGCCCCAGAGAAUAGCCCUCUUCUCUGGAAUGGACCCAUCUGCCCUCAAGGCCCAACUGAAGAAGCGAGGAGGUGGUGGUGGAGGAGGUGGUGGAGCCGGUGGAGGUGAAGGAGUAGACACAGACCAUCAGAUGGACAGACUUGCCCCGUCCCCCUCUCAACUCUCCCGCUCUCCAAAACGUUCCUCCUUCCUCCCCGGGGGGUCACGAGUGCUGCCCCCUGUAGGGAACAAAGGUGCAGGGGUGGACAAGUUUCCUUCAUGGCUGCGAGAACUCAAGUCUAAGAAGCGCUCGAGUCAAUACAACAGUGAGGCCUAGCUGAGCAGAGCAGGGAGAUACCAUUGACAAGGUGAUCAUUCAACUGCUACUGCAGUUGUUGCUGACAAACACAGCUGUGGGCUGGACUCCAAUCAUGUACCUUUUCAAAAACACACUUUUUUUAAUGAAUUAUACAAGACAAUGGAGAAGCAUUGGAUACGUCCCUGCGGUGUGACCAUCUUUUUCCACUUUCCUAUUUGACAAAGGAACUAUGAGCAUGUAGAUACUUUAUUUGCAACACACACACACAAACACACAUACAGACACAUACACAGAUGAUUCGAGGAGUGGACUCAAAAUUCCCUUUUCUGUUAAUUUGCAACAUUUGCCUCUUAUCCCAGGCCACUGUAUUUUCUAGACUGUAUCUCUCCAUCCAUCCAUACUUGCAUUCCAGAUUCGCUUGACGUAAUUACCAUGUGUGUUUAGGUCAUGCACACUAAUAUCCACAAUACCACAAUGUUCACAAACCUACUUGAAUUGUACAUGUUUUGCCAUGUAAUUUCUUGUUUUGAACUAACCCAUCUUUUUCUCUGCUCUUAUGUUAUGCACUCACUCGCUGCUCGGAUGAGCUGCUCUUGAUAAAAGCAUCUGCUAGAUAAAUUGAAAUGAUCUCUACUCUA